UUUUUUUUCUUUUUUCUUUUUUUCUUUUUCCCUCUUUCUUUGAUGUCCUCGCCAUACAUCCGUAUCGCUCAUUCCCUUUCGCUUUGCAAAUACCUUUGCAUGAUCCCCUCUUAUCCCUCAUCCUCAUCCUCAUGCUAAUCUUUACCCCUCCACACUUAAAAUCCUUAAUACUAAUACUUUAUCCCUUGUCGAAUAUCAUUUUGUCCGCUUUGAUCAUCCCUUUUUAGACCUAAUUUUCCCUUCUCUCUCUACACCUUCUGCGUUUGGCGUCCUUCAGCUUUGUUCACGCAUUGUAUUUCAAUCAACCUUCCAUCCCUCUACCGUGUUCAUAGUUUUAAAAGCUCAGUUAUCUGUAACCUUUUCACACCAUUUCCCCUCAUAUAUAUUUUAUUUUUGUACAUUUAGCCUUGAAAUAAAAAAUGGUUCGACUCUUAAAGUCGCUGACGGCAGGUAGCAUCCUAGCCCUUGCUAUACUCCUAUCAGCAACAGCCGCGGCACCAGACACUAGCACGGCAGGAAAACCCACUGCAGCUAAUCCAACUUCAGUAUCGACAAAAGCAGCGGUCGUUCCCAGCGCGACCACCCAUUUUUCUCUCCCUACAGGCACUCCAACUGGCACCAACAAUCCUCCGGCUGGAGCCGGUAAUCAAACAAUGUCCAGAUGCCCUGGACCUCUGAUCCCUAAUACAAUGAUGCUCGACAUUGCGACCUGCAUGGGCCCUUGCUGCAUCAAAUGCCCCGCCAUCGAGUCGUUUUAUGAACCCAACACGGUAGAAAAUGUACUCCAUGCUGCUUACAUCACCCGACAGGUGUCCUUGGUCUUUGCUGUUUUCAUGGCCAUCUCCUACUUGGUCUUACCAGGCAAGCGAUCCCAGCCUCACAUCUCGGUCUUGUUCUUGACUAUCUCAUUAUCCUUAUGGUAUGCAGCAUUUGAUGUGAUGCCUGGUGUGUCGAAUGCAUGCAUCAAUGACUUUGAGCAGUCCACGGCCAAGAAUUCCAGAAUGUGUGGCAUUCAGGGCGUUUUGAUUAUCUAUUUGACCCAGACUUGCGCCCUCUGGUGUUCGCUUUUGAUUUACAAAUUGCAUAUGCUCGCUGUUUGGCGUUCCAACUGGAUUGAUGCCUACUACGGAUGGUUCACCGGUCUUUGCUGGACAUUGCCUUUGGCCUUUGCUAUCCCAGUCGCAGUCAAGAACUUGGCAGAGUAUCCGGGUAUUGGUUUCAGCUGUCUGGUCAGCACAGCUAACCUUAAUACUUACCUGUUCUAUCCUACAGCUGUUUAUAUCUACCCCGCCAUGCUUUGUCACAUUGUUACGGUCGGAAAAAUGAUUCACUUGGCGAUGAUGUCAUCCAAGAUUGAUCCUGGUCUCUCACAGUUGUCUUCUGAUGCUCGUAUGAGGAUCACCUCCACUAUGCAGGCCAAGCGUCUUUUACGUGGACAAUGGCGUCCUGCUCUCAUGUUAUGUACAACGAUGGUCUCAUUAACAGUCUUUUGGCUAUUCUAUUUCGUGGAUGCACAUCGUCUUUCUGGUCUCUCACGAGAGACCCCAUGGCUUCGGGAGUGGAUAAGAUGUAUUUUCUUGAAUGGGUCACAGAGCAGGUCAUCAGAUGAAACCCAGACAAUCUGUGCCAGAGCCGCUGCACACAAUUUGCCAUCCAUUCCUUGGUUUACAGCUGCAGAAUUGGUGUUGGCAAUCAUUGGUAUCGUUGUAGCCGUUGUGUUUAUUACCAAAGCCGAAUUCUGGGAAGAAUGGGCAUACCUGUUGAACAACCUGAUCCGUCGCGGUAAAACAGGCAAUAACACGGCCUCCUCUCGUGGAACUUCACCUGACAUGGACGCAAAAAAUUCCUCUAGAGCCUAUAUGAAUCAUCCUCCUGCAGACGAUAAUGAGCAUCCUACCAUUUCGCGUAUGGACAACAAGGUCCCCGCUGUCCACGCAUCAGAAAUCUUCAGGAACCGUGGCGACAAGGCAGAGUUAAAUGAAGGGCCUAAUUCACAGUGGUAUGAUAUGGACGAUUUGUUGGACAAGGAGUACGAUGAUCAUGGUAACCGUACAUUGCAGAGGAGUAUGAGCUAUGGAUCACAAACGGGUAUGGCCAUCCAUUCGGGACCCAAUCCAGUUUCAGAACCACCACGAUACAACUCGAAUAUGUCUUCUGGCGAUCUGCUCUACCGACCCCCUGUCCAUGAAGCCAUUCCUACGCAUUGGUCCCCAAGCACACCCAGCAGAGCAUACAUGACUCCUAAUGAGGGUGAGAGAUACAUUGAGCAACCUGUUCUCCCAACGCCGGUACCACGGACACCCAAGCUAAGCAGCAGCGAGGCCGUCUUGCAGCCCCCGCCCCCUUCAUCACCAAUGUUUAAACAAGGCGGCUCACUAUCCCCCAUGCCACCUCGCUCGCCUACUCAAACAUACACCUCAUCUCGUGCACAACUUACAGAGUCUGUUCCGAUUGUUGGUGUCGCUACACGUGGCGUACCAAGUCAAGCAUACCAACAACAACAGCAAUCAUCUUACCCUCCAUCACCAUCCUCACAAAAGACGCGUGCUAAAGUUUACAGCUCUAACGAGAGCAGUGAGCAGAUUAUGGUGGCAUCGCGUACUGGUGUCUCUAGCAAAAGCAAUCCAAAUAUGCAUAUCAAUACCGUGGCCGCGAACAAUGACAUGGCUGUGCAAUCAGAUCCUAGAGCGAGGAGUCCACUCCCACCUUCUGUGCCCACUAAGAACCCACACAGACAACCAUUGCACUCUGGUCAACUGUCACCAUCUAUCCGAUCUCCUUCCUCUCCAACUUACUGAGCCAAGAAAUGUUUUUUAAAAAAAAGGAAAAAAAAAAAAUACAUUCCUUUAAAUUGGAUGCAAUUUACAUAUUUCCAUAUUAAGUAAUCAAGGACGCUGGUCGUCAUUUUUUUUUUU